AGGAACCUCCGGGACCACCCAGGACCGAGUAGGAGCAGAGGGACCCCCGGGCCGCCCGUGCAGCAUGGCGCAGUGGCAGGAGGUGCAGAACUUGGCCAACACUUACCUGGAGCAGGUGCACCAGCUGUACGCGGGCUCGGCGCUGCCCAUGGCCGUACGGCAGUGCUUGGCCGCCUGGAUCGAGGACCAGAACUGGCGCCAAGCGGCGGAGCCCCUCUCCUCUGGGCACGCCCGGAUGCUCUUCCAUUCCUUACUGAUGCUACUGGGAGACUGCCUGGGCAGCCUGGGCUCGGGCCACGAGGAAUUCAUGCUGAAGCACAACCUGCGCAAGGCUCAGCGCGACCUCCAGGCUGAGUUCGAGAAGAAGCCGGAGGGAUUCGCCAACCUGGUGGCCAACCUGCUGCAGGAGGAGCGGCAGAUCCUGCGCCUGGGGCAGGCGGGGGGCCAGGGGGGUUCGGCCCCCGCGCCCAGCCCAGCCCUGGAGAGCGGCCGGGAGCAGCAGAUCCAGCGGCGUUUGGCCGAGUUCCACACGGCCCUGCAGGAAGCCGAGCGAGCCUUCAGGCACCUGGAGGAUUUGCAGGAUGCCUUUGACUUCUGCUACAAGGUGCACUACCGGCCAGCUGAGAGAAGGAACAACGACCCCGGGUACGUCCAGGAGCUCCAAACCCUCCAGGCCAAACUGCAGCACCUGGACCGGCAGCGGCGGGAGGUGCUGGCUCAGAUGCAGCAGCUCUUGGGGCGCAGCGAGACCCUGCAGGAGCUGCUGCAGGAGGAGCUGGGGGGCUGGAGGCUGCGGCAGCAGCGCCUGUGCCUGGGGGCCCCCGGUGACACCAGCCUGCGCCCGCUGGAGACCUGGUUCACGGAGCUGGGCCAGGGGCUGUUCCAGCUGCGGCAGCUGCUGCGGGCGCUGAGCGGCCUGCGAGAAAAAGUGACCUACGAGAGGGACCCGCUGGCGGCAGAGACGCCCCUGCUGGAGCAGCGGCUGCAGGAGCAGCUCACUCACCUGCUCAAGAGUGCCUUCGUGGUGGAGCAGCAGCCCAGCACCCCCAACGCCAUGAAGCGCCCGCUCGUGCUCCGCACCGCCAGCAAAUUCUCGGCCCGUGCCCGGCUCCUGGUGAGGCUGCACGACCGCAACCACCACAUGGAGGCCAGGAUCCACAUCGACAGGGACCCUCCCAACAUCAAAGGGUUUCGCAGGUUCAACAUCCUCACAUCGAGCAGCAAAACGCUCCUGGCCGGGGACAGUCCCCAGGAGGGGCUCGUCUGCGACUUCCAGUACCUCACGCUGAAGGAGCAGAAGGAGAGCAGGGCUGGCAAGGGCAAAGGCACCGGCGGCGAGGGUCCCCUGGUCGUGACAGAGGAGCUGCACCUCAUCACCUUCACGCUGGCCUACGCCUACUGCGGGCUGGAGCUGGAGCUGGAGACCACCACGCUGCCCUUCGUCAUCAUCUCCAACAACAGCCAGUUCUCCAGCGCCUGGGCCUCCAUCCUCUGGUUCAACAUGCUCAGCUCUGACCCCAAGGCCCAGCAGUUCUUCUCGUCACCUCCUGUGGCCCCGUGGCCCCGGCUGGCCGAGGUGCUGAGCUGGCAGUUCCAGAGCGUGGCCGAGCGAGGGCUCAGCCGGGACAAUCUCCUCAUGCUGGCUGAGAAACUCCUGGGCUCGAAGCCAUCCCUGGACAGCACCGUGGCCUGGCCCAAAUUCUCAAAGGAUGGUCCUGCCGGUUUCUCCUUCUGGGCGUGGCUGGACGGGAUCCUGGGGCUGCUCCAGGAGCAUCUCAAGCAGCUCUGGAAGAACGAACUCAUCCUGGGCUUCGUGAGCCGCAAGCAGGAGAAGAAACUGCUCAAGUCCAAGCGGACGGGGACGUUCCUGCUCCGCUUCAGCGAGAGCGUCCUCGGCGGGGUCACCUUCACGUGGGUGGAGCACCACGAGAGAGGAUCCCCCACUUUCCACGCCGUGGAUCCCUACACAGCCUCGGAGCUGGUGUCGCUGGCGCUGCCCGACAUCAUCCGUGACUACCAGAUGAUGAUGGAGGAGAACAUUCCGGAAAACCCCCUCAAGUACCUGUACCCCAGCACCGCCCGUGACGAGGCUUUCGGGCCCUACUACAGCCAGAGGCAGGAGGGGACCCUGAGUGAGUCCCAGAAAUACCUGAACCGGCGCCUCAUCCGCGUGUCCUCCAGGCAGCCCAGCAAGUGGCAAACAGAAGAGGAGCUGGUGGUUGCCACCGAGAACCUGGAGACGCUGCAGCUGCAGCCCGGAGGGCAGGAGACACAGCAGGCUGGUGGCCCGGCAUUGUCACAGCCCCAGAGCUCGGGGACACCACAGGGCACCCCUGGCAAGGUGGGGAUGCCUCAGGUGCUUCCGGGGGAGCAGGGGACAGUGGCUGUGGACACGGGGACACUGCAGCCGGUGCCGGGGGCUGUGGGGACACCGCAGGUCCCCGAGGAGCAGGGGACACUGCCACCAGAGCUGAGGGACCUGGAGCUGCUGCCGGGGAGCCGGGACAUGCAGGAGCUGCUGCAGUCGCUGGAGGGGCUGGAGCCGGGCUCGGGGACCCUGGAGACGCUGGAGGUGGCGGAGUUGAUGCCGAACAUGGCCGAAACCUUGGAGGAGAAUUUCCAGCUGAGCCCUGGCAUUCCAGGCAGCUCUGCACUCCUGGACCACCACGACCCGUUCCUGCCGCAGCCCGAGGACUCGGCCCUGCCCGCCAUCCCCUCGCUCUUCACCGACUUCCCCCCGCUCCAAAUCGACGCCAGCGACUUCCAGUGAUCCCUCCCCGGCUCCUUCCCUUCCAAUCACCCCUCUCCGCCGCCCUCCUUGUAAAUAAACCCCUUCCCACCCCCGUGCCCGCGCUGUCCCUUGCGCCGCACGCCGGAGCCGCUCGCUCGUCUCCAUCGGACCUUUAUUAGAAACUCAUAAAUACCCGAGAUAAAUAGG